UAAUAAUCAAAUUAACAGAUUCGCGUGUAGCUGUUUUCUUCGUUGUGCUCAGGCUGCAUUAGGACUCCUGUUUCUAUGUGAGAGGAUGUGUAUGUCUGUGUAUCUUGUCUCCAGUGAGCAAGGAAACACUUCUGUGCUCACACCUGUCACCCAAGUUGUUGUUGUUUUUUUUUUUGACUCAACCAUAUUCAUAUCACUUCUCCAGCAGCAAACAUGAAUCUGUCAUUACAGGCUGAUGCAAUCGUACAGAGAUGUGAUAAAUCUGUUCUGGGUGACGGUUGAAUAUUAAAAAGUCAUACUUGGCUGAGAUAAUAGAUGUUUUUUUUUUAGGUCUUGACACUUCUUUGUCAUUCUUUGGCCAUUUUCUCUUUUGUCUAAUGACGUUUCUUUCCAUCUCUGUACACAUAACCCUGCAUUUACACUGGCAGCGAUGCAGCACGACAAAGCAGACGGAAGUCAUUCAUUUUCAAUGAAAGGUGGCAAUUUAUAGCAACAGGAGGCAGAGUGAGUAUUGACGAUAUAAACUGGGCAGGGCUAGCAACAGAAAUGUUUAUGCAGAGUGUACGCAAAUGAGACAUGGAAGUGAGGGACGGUGGUGCGCCAUUUUUCCCCAUACUGUGAAAGAUGUUUUUGGGUUUUUUUGUCUCACCAUCGUUAUGUUAAGUUUUAGCUCCUGAACCUAAAAAUCUGACCUAAAAUAGAAUAACACCACCAUUUUGUUGUUGUUGAUGUUUUUGUUUUCUUUUGUUUUUUGCUGCUUCCAGCCAGGAGUGAUUGCAAAGAAAUAUACUGCCACUAGUGGAUGGUGUUUCGCUACAUGUAUUGUAUACAUUUCCUUUCAAUACAUCUGAUUUGAGGUGAAAUUGGACAAAUAUCUAAUUUCUUUGCAUAAACAUAUCUGAUUUGUGGUUAAAUGGGUGGUGUUGCAUAUGAUCUGUAGCUAGAUAUGUAGUUUGCGUGGCCAUAUUACACUAGCCAGGAUCAGCAGGAAAACUAUAACGACCAGCCAUACGUCAAGAUAGAAACUGCUACCAGCAAUUAACAUACAGCUAAAAAAAAUUGCUGCCAGUGUGAAUGCAAAGUAACUGAUGAACGCUCCUUGAAACUUCAUAUCACUUUCAAUGCAUAUAUGCUGAAGUGUACUUUCUUUCGCACACAGGCCUGAGUGGAGCAUGAGAGUGCCGUGGCUCGGCGUGACCACUUGGGCCGCUAUGGGGCUGGAAUGAUUGGUCCGGCUAGCUGGCAGCGGCGGGAUUAUGCUGACGUGCGUCCAGCAUGACUCCGCUGGACCUGUGGCUCUCGCGCUCCAUCCCCAUGUGCCUCCUGCUGCAGAGCCUGGUGCUCAUGGCCCUCUGCUUCCCAUCAGCCAGCAUGUGCCCCAAAGGGUGCGUGUGUCAGCGGGCUGAGUACCCGCCCUAUGGCCUCAACGUAACCUGCAGCCUGGCGGAACUCAAGGAGAUCCCCUCGGACCUGCCUACAGACACGGUGCUCCUCCAACUGGAUCGCAACCAAAUCCAUGCUGUUCCUGAGCGCGCCUUCCAGGACCUCAGGAUGUUACGCAGGCUGAACCUGUCCCAUAAUUCAGUGGAGACGCUAGGCGAGAGUGCAUUUGUUGGCCUGGAGGCCUCGCUGGAGCUUCUUGACUUGUCACACAAUCGCAUAGUGAGCGUGCACAAGGAUGCAUUCGCACGGCUGAAGGCGCGUGUGCUGGUCCAUGACAACCCAUGGCACUGCGACUGUGCAUUGCAACAGGCACUUGGUGGCAUGGCGCACAAUCAUGAAGCAGCAGCACGUGUCCUGUGCCGCAGCUCUGAGCUGAGGGACCAGGAGGGACGUCCGUUCUUGGCAGUGGAUGCCGAUUUGUGCAACCUGGCCAGGCGCACCACCGACUACGCCAUGCUGGUGACCAUGUUCGGCUGGUUCGCCAUGGUCAUCUCCUAUGUCGUCUACUACGUCAGGCAGAACCAGGAGGAUGCACGGCGCCACCUGGAGUACCUCAAGUCUCUACCGAGCAAACCCAGGAAGCCAGACGAACCAGAGGACAUCAGCACCGUGAUGUGACGUCAUUGUUUACGCCAAUAAGGCCUUGACUAAGCGGGUGGAGAAAAAAAUAGGGGCGAAAUUUCUGAUUCCGGAGAGCAAUUCAAUCCUAUUCAAGCUAAGACACCAACCAUAGAUGUAGUCCAAUACUUAACAUGUGUCUUCUCUUUUUCCAGUUGUGCAUUACUGUUACAAAGUAUUUAGGUCAGAUUUGUAAUACUUUUCCUAACUCUUCCUGUGUCCACAAGAGAUUUUAACUUCAAAAGUGGCAUUAGUAAAAUAAUCACUAACUCUUUAAAGAGGAGAUGGUGUAAAUGUCCUGCUUCAGACAUUGGAACGUGUGGUUUUAUGUUCCAGCUGGUAAAAUGCAACCAAUUGUCCAUUUAAUAAUCUACCCACAUCUAUAAACAGUUGUUAAACACCUUUAUGACCAGUACAGGUAUUUUGGUAUUCCGAUCUCAGGUUUAAAUGUCGAGAUGACUUUUAAAACCCCAAAAGUGUUUUGUUUUGAAGUUUAAUAGGAAACUUAUUAAGUGGCCUCUUCUAACAGAUGGAUAUACAUGAUAUUGUUCAGAAUGUGGUGUUUUAAAAAAAAGCAUGAAAAACAUUUGAGUCCCUUUAAACUCCAUAGACUUUAUUAGCUAAUUGAUAAUCAAAGAAGAAAGGGCACAGUGCUUCGGAAAACUGAAAUUGGACGUUUCUUCCAACCUUCUGAAAAAGGUCAUGUUUACGUAAUCUCCAUUACCUCACUGUUGUUAAUCUGUGCUUGUUGAACAGUGUAAUCCUAGAGUGUCAAUGUUGAUUUCUUUGUGCUCCAGAGAGAGUCAAUAUUUUUUGUCUUGGGUCUUCACAGGCUGGCAGUCAGGCUCGUUAUUGGUGUCUCUAAUAUCCCUCAUGUAUACAACAACCAUCAUCAACUUCAUAUUAGCCAUCAAUAUUACGAACAA